UCUUCUGCAUUUGUAGUUCUCUGUGUCUCUUACUCACGUAUCAUUUCUUUUUCUACUCUUUUCUUUGCACACAACCUUCUGGGAGAAAUGGAAAGGGAUGGAACAUCCACCACAAAUGAAAUGAAAAGAAGGUUCAAGAGAAUAUGCGUUUUCUGUGGUAGUAAAGCUGGAUACAAGGCUUCUUUCGGUGAUGCAGCUCUCGAGCUUGGUAAACAGCUGGUUGAAAGAAAGAUUAAUUUGAUCUAUGGUGGAGGAAGUGUAGGUCUAAUGGGAUUGAUCUCUCAGACUGUCUUUAACGGUGGUUGCCAUGUACUUGGAGUGAUUCCUAGAGCUCUUUUGCCCCAUGAGAUAUCCGGAGAAACUGUUGGAGAAUUGAAAACAGUUGCAGACAUGCAUCAAAGAAAGUCAGAAAUGGCGAAACAUGCUGAAGCUUUCAUUGCACUUCCUGGAGGUUAUGGUACCAUGGAAGAGCUGUUAGAGAUGAUAACCUGGUCUCAGUUAGGAAUCCAUGAGAAGCCCGUUGGAUUGUUGAAUGUCGACGGGUAUUACAACUGCUUGCUUGAUUUAUUUGACAAGGGAGUUGAAGAAGGCUUUAUUGACAGUUCUGCGAGACAUAUUGUGGUUAUUGCAGAUACAGCCGAAGAACUUAUCCGGAAAAUGGAGGAGUACGCGCCAGUGCAUGACAAGGUUGCACCCAGACAAAAUUGGGAAGUGGACCAACUAUCAGAGUCUACUGGAAGUGGGGAACCCCUAAGCUCUUAGGUCUUAAUCAGCAAUCUCUAUAUGCAUAAUUAA